AUGAAUAAUCAGGUGGAUCAGCUAGCAACGGUAAAUGAAGCAAUAAGAGCACUUGCAGAAAAAAUAGCACACAAGGAGCAGGAGCUCGACCAGCUAAAGACAGCGUACAACGAAAAAAUAGGCGAGCUGGAUCGAUAUCUGGAGAAGCUAAAAAAUCUUGAAAUCAUCCAGGACGGACAAAACGUUGCUGAGGAGGUGGUCAAAAUUAAGGAAUUUCGCUGCCCAGAUUGCAAGGCUUUGCUGUAUGAUGAAACGAAACAAACAGACUAUAUUCUCCUGCCGAACAAGGUCAAACUACAGACUUCAAAACAUAAUCAGUGCGAUAUGCCUGCAAGGCAAAAUGUGAUAUCAAAGAGGAUAACAGUGGCUCCAAGCAAAAACAAAAAAAUGACCUGCUCCUACUGUAUGAAACAUGGACAUAAGAGAGCGCAAUGUCCUGAGAUCUUGUAUGGAAAAUCCGGUUAA